GCAAUAAAGCCACCCACUCACUCCCUCACCUUCCACUCUCUCUCACUCACUUUCUCUCUCUAUAUCUAUUUUCUCUCUCUAUAUCUGUAGCUGAAUUCGUGGCGGAGAUCCAUCAUUUGUCGUUUGUAAAAAACCUGGUUCUUUGUGCAGCAGUGGUGGUACUUGUUUGAGGCAUUGCCGGAUUUUAUGGAUCUGUGAAGUAGGGAAUUUGAUUGAUUGGGGAGCUGCAUUUUGUUGUUAGAGAUGCAGUAUUCGGAUGUGAGUGAAGGAAGUUUAGUUGAUGGAGGGUUUUUUUGUUUUUAGUUUGAGUAGAACCCUAGAGAAGAAUGCUUUGAUACUACUGAGGAUGGUGUUUGGGAAUUGCCCAUUUGAGAGAGAAGAUGCCAACUUUGAUGCUUCUCUUUCUUCUUUCUUUACUCACUCUGCUUACUACUACUACUCUAGCUUUAUACUUUUCAGGGAUAACAUUGCCACACAUUUACCUGUCUCCUACUCUACCGCCAAACAAGCCUUACUUUGCAAGCAAACUUUUUUUAGGAGAUGCAAGAUUAGUGUCAACUCAUGUCUCAUUUGCUCCAAUAUCAGCACCGCAUAGACACCAUUUUAAACCACAUAUGAUUCCCUCUAGGGCGCCUGCUCCUUCCCCUGCAUCUCAAGGCCUUGCUGCUGCUCCAAUUGCCAGUCGAGUGGUUGGACAUCACCGUCAUCGUCAUAAUCGGCCGAGAGCCCGUGUUUCCCCAUCUCCUGCAGUGGGCUCAGGUUGUGGCGAGGUCUGUGCAGAGCCAUUUGCUUCUGUUCCUUUUGUUACACCUUGCACUUGUGUGUUUCCAAUGAAAGUCAGACUUCUCUUAGACAAGUCGCUUUAUUCUAUAUUUCCUGUGGUUAGAGAUCUGGGUAUUGAGGUUGCAAAAGGAACCUAUCUACGUCCAAGUCAAGUUGUUGUAGUUGGAGCUAGUGCUGAUAAUCAAAAUCAAGAAAGAACAAUUGUUGAUAUUAACUUGGUUCCCCUGGAGGAUAAGUUUGAUAACACCACAGCUAUGCUGAUCUAUGAAAGAUUCUGGAAAAAGAAGAUGCCUCUCAAUAGAACGAUGUUUGGGGAUUAUGAUGUGAUGCAUAUUAUGUAUCCAGUUAUCCCAGGGCUGCCUUCUUCUCCACCGUCUGGCAUUGGUUCUGGUAAUGGUCCAACUGGAAGUGCUGUCGAUCAACAAUUCCCUAUUACGGCUGACUUUGGAAACAAGAGCCAGAAAAUGAAUCCCAGAGUCAUUUUUCUCAUUGCUUCAUCAGCACUAGUACUGUUGGUGGUAUGUUGUGGUGCACUGGUUGUCCUCUUAAAUUGCAGGAGGACUAGCCGACCAUCAAAUGCUGUUGGUCCUGUGUUUACGUCAUCUAUGCACAAGAGAUCUGGCAAGGGAAUCGGGUCAACAAUAUCAAGUAGCACAGCUAGCUCAACAUCGGUUUCCCUAAUUUCUGCUAUGCCCGCUUCAAUCCUUUCUGUCAAAACAUUUACACUUGCAGAGCUUGAGAAGGCAACUGACAAGUUUAGCUUAAAAAGAGUUUUAGGUGAAGGAGGAUUUGGACGUGUUUAUCAUGGUAUCUUAGAAGACAGAACAGAAGUUGCUGUGAAAGUACUUACGAGGGAUAAUAACCAGAAUGGAGAUCGUGAAUUCAUUGCUGAAGUUGAGAUGUUAAGCCGGUUGCAUCACCGUAAUCUGGUGAAAUUAAUUGGUAUAUGCAGUGAAGAGCGGACUCGCAGCUUGAUAUAUGAAAUCGUCCGGAACGGUAGUGUGGAAUCUCAUUUGCAUGGAAAAGACAGGAUAAAAGGGCCACUUGAUUGGGAUGUGAGGUUAAAAAUUGCUCUUGGUGCUGCAAGGGGACUUGCUUACCUUCAUGAAGAUUCUAAUCCUCGUGUUAUUCAUCGUGAUUUCAAAGCCAGCAAUGUUUUGUUAGAAGAGGACUUCACCCCUAAGGUUUCAGAUUUUGGGUUAGCAAGGGAAGCAACCGAAGGAAGUGACCACGUAUCCACUCGAGUCAUGGGAACUUUUGGGUACGUUGCUCCUGAAUAUGCAAUGACGGGACACCUCCUUGUUAAAAGUGAUGUGUAUAGUUAUGGGGUUGUGUUACUGGAGCUUCUCUCUGGAAGAAAACCUGUGGAUAUGUCUCAACCUCCUGGACAAGAAAACCUGGUAACUUGGGCACGGCCUCUUCUGACCACUAGAGAAGGUUUGGAGCAACUUGUGGAUCCUUCUUUGGCUGGAACCUAUGACUUUGAUGAUAUGGCAAAGGUGGCUGCUAUUGCUUCAAUGUGCGUGCACCCAGAGGUGACUCAAAGGCCAUUUAUGGGAGAAGUUGUGCAAGCUCUCAAACUCAUCUAUAACGACAAUGAUGAAACUUGUGCUGAUGGAUGUAGCCAGAAAGAGUCUUCUUUGCCAGAUUCAGAUUUCAAAGGUGUCCCUUCUGACAGCAGUUGGUGGAAUGCUGGUGGGCUUACACCAAGAUUAACAUAUGGACAAGCCUCCAAUUUCAUGACAAUGGAUUAUAGUUCUGGUCCACUUGAAGAGUUUGAAAACAGACCGUUUUCUGCUUCAAGCUUUAAUCUAGGCGGAGAGGCUGGCUUAUUAAGCCAUGGCAACAGAUCAGGUCCUUUGAGGACUGUUAGGAGUAAACCAGCCCUCUAUAGGUUAAGGGGUAGUAUGAGUGAACAUGGUGCACUUCUUCCAAGACAUGCUUGGAAAGAUGGCACCAAUUAUGAUGCUUCAUUUUAGAGUGGUUUUGUCAAAUGUACAGUGCCAAAGGCCGUUGCUAUUUGGAAAACGAAAGACGGUUCUCUGGUGUAGAUUAGGAGUUUGAUAUUGCUGCUAUAUCCUCAUGGAGAGAGUGGACUAAGCCUUCUAAUUUUGGUAAUCUUACAUUCAUUUUAAUACAGACAGGAAAGAUAAACGAGAUACUCCUUGUUGUAUAUGUUGCCAAAUUAACUGUUUCUCUAGUCCAAUAUUGGAUUGAACUACUUAUUA